GCCAGUGUCAAACGCGCGCAAACCUUGAACCCCGUAGGGGACGAUCCGAGAGCCAUUCUCAGCUACGACCCCCCCCCCCCCCCCUGUUUGGCUCGACCAACUUUGCUUGGCGCCGGCCCACCCACCCACUGUGCUGCCCCGCAUUCUCACUUCCGACCGACGCAAGCCUCUCCCCUCCCCUCCCGACACACACCCUUCAUAAGCAAGCAGCAGCAGACCAUGUCACACAUUUCUUCUCCGACAGCUUACCCCCCUGCCCAACCACCCAUCCCCAGCCCCAGCCACUCGAUGACAUCGCGCGCUGCAGCAAACGGAUCAAACGGCAACGCCAACGGCUCCGCAAACGGCCUCUUGUCGAGCCCACCCGUCCCAGCAGGCGCCCUCACCCCUAACCACGAGCAGGACGAGGGCUUCCUCGCAAAGUACCCCAACGUCAGCGCAAAGCUCCCCAUCCCAAAGCUCGAGGACACGUGCCGUCGCUACCUUGCCUCGCUCGAAGGCCUCCAGGAGCCAGAGGAGCACGCAAAGACCAAGGCCGUCGUCGAGCACUUUCUCACUUCGGGAGAGGGUGCAAAGUGGCAACAGCGCCUCGUCGACUAUGACCAGGGUGUAGACAGCUACAUUGAGGAGUUUUGGUACGAAUCAUACCUCUCGCACUCGGAUUCGGUCGUGCUCAGCCUCAACCCCUUCUUUGUCCUGUCCUCGGACGUCACCCCACGCAACGACCCUCAGCUCUCACGUGCGUCGUCCCUCAUCCUCUCGUCGCUCCUCUUCAUCCACGACCUCCGCAAUGGCGUCCUCAAGGCCGACAGCAUCAGGGGAGCGCCCCUGGACAUGAGUCAGUAUGAGCGCCUGUUUGCCACUUCCCGUGUCCCCACCGAGACUGGCUGUCGCAUGGAGACGUACGACCAGUCGCGCCACAUUGUCGUCAUCCGCCGCGGACAGUUCUACUGGUUCGACGUCCUCGACUCCAAGAACCGCCCCAUGCUUAGCGACCGCGAGAUCUUGAGCAACCUCCAGGGCAUCGUCGCCGACGCCGACAAGAUCCCCGUCAACCAGACCGCCCCCAACGCCGUCGGUAUCCUGACCACUGAGAACCGCAAGAUCUGGUCGCGCCUCCGCGGCGAGCUCCGCGACUCAAACAAGCACAACGCCCGCUGUUUGUCCAUUGUCGAGUCGGCACUGUUCGUCGUUUGUCUUGACGAUGCCGAGCCCGCCGACGUCGGAGACCUGUGCGCCAACUUCCUCUGCGGUGGCUACCGCCUCGAGCACGGUGUCCAGGUGGGCACGUGCCUCAACCGUUGGUACGACAAGCUCCAGAUCAUCGUCUGCAGCAACGGCGAGGCUGGUGUCAACUUUGAGCACACUGGUGUCGACGGCCACACUGUGCUGCGCUACGUCGGUGACGUCUUCACCGAGUUAGUUUUGCUCUUCGCCAAGACGAUCAACCCGUCGACGCCCUCGCUGUUCAAGGCCAAGCUGUCGCCUUUCGCCAAGGGCUCCAAGACGCCCCGCGAGGCUGACGACAUUGAGUGCGAGGCCGACACCAACCCCAAGAAGCUAGACUGGCGUCUCACGCCCGACCUCCGUGCCGGUGUCCGCUUUGCCGAGACGCGUAUCUCCGACCUCAUCUGCCAGAACGACACCAAGGCGCUCGAGUUCCGCGGUUACGGUGGCAACUUUAUCAAGCGCCACGGCUUCUCGCCCGACGCCUUUGUCCAGAUGGCGUUCCAGGCUGCCUACUACAGCCUGUACGGCCGUGUCGAGUCGACGUACGAGCCGGCCAUGACCAAGGCCUUCCGCCACGGUCGUACCGAGGCUAUCCGCUCCGUCACCACCCCCAGUGUCAAGUUUGUCAAGACCUUCUGUUCCGAGACUGCUACUGCGGCCGAGAAGAUUGAUACCCUCCGCAAGGCCUGCAAGCGCCACACUGAGCUCACUCGCGAGUGCAGUGCCGGCCAGGGCCAGGACCGCCACCUGUACGCCAUGUACUCGCUCAUCCAGAAGGUUAUCCAUGCCGACGAGAAGGCCGGCCUGCCGAAGGAGUCUGUCCCUGCGCUCUUCACCGACCCGGGCUACUCGCAGCUUGCUUCGUCGGUGCUCUCCACCUCGAACUGUGGCAACCCUGCUCUCCGCCUCUUCGGUUUCGGCCCCGUGACCCCCGAGGGCUACGGUAUCGGCUACAUUAUCAAGGACGAGGGUAUCUCGGUGUGCAUGUCGUCCAAGCACCUCCAGACGCGCCGUCUGCUCAAGACGCUCCAGGCGUACCUGCUCGAGGUCAGGAGUCUACUCAUCCAGCUCUGGCGCGAGGCCAACGAGCGGCCUCAGGCGUUCGUCGACCACUCGGGUGUCAUGCGCGACGCGCGUACCGGUCGCCGCCUUAGCGACCACGAGAAGGACGAGGAGGGACCGGGUGGUGCCGAUGACGAGGAGGACUUCUUUGGCGGCUUUGGCUACUUUGACGUCGGUGCUAGCCAGGCGCUGGCCGAGCAGGGCAAGCGGAGGCGGCAGGCUGUCGGCAAGGUCAUCCAGAUUGCCGAGUACUAGUGGUGUACGUACCGUACCCCAGCAUCAGAAGGAGGGCACUUGCCCAUUGUUAUUAUCUUUAGUUGUAUUCGUAGUAGUUGAAUGCAGUUGGCUUGUUACGCG